AUGGCGGGUGAAGUUAUAGUCGAUGCUUUACCUUAUUAUGACAAAGGUUACGAAGAGCCUGGUAUUCGAGAUUCGGCAUUGGCCCUUGUUGAAGAAGAAACUAGAAGAUAUCGACCAACAAAGAAUUAUUUGGACCAUUUGCCAGCUCCUAAUUACACAGCAUUUGAGACAGAAAUUAUGAAAACAGAAAUUGAAAGGCUUCAGUCCAGAUUGCCAAUGGAAAUGUUAAGCAUGAAAAGGUAUGAAUUACCACAGCCUCCUGCAGGUAAAAUGACCGACAUUGCAGCUUGGAGUGAAUGUGUAGAAAACUCUCAAGCCCAGUUGGAACAUCAGGCAUUAAGAAUAUUAAAUUUAGAAUUGAUGUCUGAAUAUGGUGCCAAUGCGUGGAAAACUUAUAAUACCGUCCUUGUUCAGAUGGUGGAACAGGGACAGAAGCAGUUACAAGAUAUCAAGAAGAAAAUUCAAGACAUCAAUUGGCAGAGAAAAAAUGAACAAACUGAAGCAGGAGCCAAAUUAAAAGAACUUGAAAAUCAGUGGGUCGGUUUGGUGAGUAAGAACUACGAAAUAGAACGAGCAUGUGCCGAAUUGGAAAAAGAAAUCCUAGACUCAGAAAAGAAAAAGGUUAAAUGA